UGUUUAUAUAUUUCAACAAAGAUGACAAGCGAUACUUUAUAUUCAAUAUUUGAACAAAGAAAAGAUGCUAGGAAGCCAGCCAUUAUCAUUCCUAAAUCUGCCCCUAUACCAACCACUAUCACAUACCAUCAAUUACUGGACAUCAUUCACGACUUUUCAAACAAGCUAUCCAAUCUAGUACCCGCGAGUUACUUGGAGCCCGGCAGGUCAAUCUCGAUCAGCUAUCCAAACUCAUUGGAAUUUGUCGUUGCAUUUCUGGGCUCUACUUUUAUGAACUUGAUAGCCUCUCCUUUAAAUCCGGCGUAUACCGAAGAUGAAUUUAACUUUUAUUUGGAAGAUGCCAAAAGUUCUGUACUCGUAUUACCCAAGGGUGCACUAAAUCAAGAAAAGAAUCCUGCCAUUUUGGCUGCCAAGAAACAAGGUGUAUUUGUAGUCGAGAUGCACUGGAAUGGUUCUCAAAUGGAAAUCAAUUCUCAUGCACCAUCUGAGUUCAGUCAGCAACCUCAUCGUCAGAUACAUAGCUUCAACCCGAAACCAGAUGAACCUGCAUUGUUAUUGCAUACCAGUGGAACGACGGGUAGACCUAAAGGGGUACCUUUAACUCAUCUUAAUUUGGUAACAUCUAUGCGUAAUAUAAUCAAUACUUAUGAACUCAAUACGCAAGACCGUACGCUUCUCGUGAUGCCAUUGUUCCAUGUCCAUGGCUUGAUCUGUGGUCUAUUGUCCACUUUACUAUCCGGCGGUACUGCUGUCAUUCCUCAAAGAUUCAGUGCUUCUCACUUCUGGCCUGAUUUCAAGGAUAAUCACUGCAAUUGGUACACAGCCGUGCCUACUAUCCAUCAAAUCUUACUCCGCAAUCCUCCGAAGGAAGUACCGCUUAUUCGCUUCAUUCGCUCAUGUUCUUCCAGUCUUGCUCCAUCUACUCUCGAAGCACUCGAAAAGCACUUCAAAGCACCUGUUUUGGAAGCAUAUGCCAUGACGGAGGCAUCUCAUCAGAUGACGUCCAACCCUCUACCUCAUCGCGGUCCCCAUAAGUCGGGCUCAGUCGGCUUGGGUCAGGGAGUAGAAGUCGUCAUUUUGGACGAACAAGGAAACCCUGCCGAGUUAGGAGAGGUCUGUAUCCGUGGUAAAAAUGUCACCAAGGGGUACUUGAACAACCCCGAAGCAACGGCCAGCUCUUUUACAAAAGACGGAUAUUUCCGUACAGGUGAUCAAGGCAAAAAGGAUAAAGACGGCUAUCUGAUCCUAACCGGCCGUAUUAAGGAGUUGAUCAAUCGUGGCGGCGAAAAGAUUUCGCCGAUAGAGCUAGAUGGUGUUCUCUUGAGCCAUCCAAAGGUCGCAGAGGCCGUUAGUUUCGGUGUCCCUGAUGAAAUGUAUGGGCAAGAGGUACAUGCUACAGUCGUUUUGAAAGCCGGUGUCAAGGAGGAUGAAAAAUCAAUCGAACGUGAACUCCAAGCUUACUGUCAGUCUAAACUCGCUAAAUUUAAAGUUCCCAAGCGUAUUUAUGUUACAGACAUUAUGCCAAAAACAGCCACUGGUAAAAUCCAGCGUCGUAAAAUGGUCGAUGUGUUCUUUAAGGAACCUGCUAAACCUCAGGCUAGAUUGUAGAUAAAUUAUUUAAUAGACACGUGAUUUAAUAAACGUUGAUUUUUUUUGCUUGUAUACAGUAACCACAGGUUGCAUCAUUGUUUGCUUUUUUUUUUUUUUUUUUUUUUU